AUGCUGCAGCAGCAGCAGCAGCUACUGCUGCAGCAGCAGCAAAGCUUUGGUGUUGAGGAGCUGCUGCAGCCGAUACUGGUGCCCUCGUAUGAAGCCGCAGCAGCAGUACCAGCAGCAGCACAUGCCGAAGACCUUAGCGUACACUGCGAGCAACAAGAAAUGUACGAUCAGCAGCAGCUGCAGCAGCAGCAGCAGCUGCAGCUGCAGCAGGAGACGCAGUCCGACAGCUGCAGCAAGAAGCAGAACCUCUUGGGGCUGCCUUGGGAUAAAUUACACUGCAGCAGCAGCAGCAGCAGCAUCAGCAUCAGCAGUGGCAGCAGCUGCAACAGAUGCAGUUGCAGCAGCAGCAGCAGCAGCAGCAGUUGCAGCAGCAGCAGCAGCACGGAGGCCUUCCUUGCUGCUGAUGCAGCUUGGUGGCAAAGGAGAGCUGCGGCGUGGAGACAGCACGCAGUGUCUUCCUUUAAGCAGCUGCAGCAGCUGCAGCAGCUGAGUAAAAGUCUGCAGCAGCAGCUCCGCCUCAUGCAGCAGCAACACUCAACUAAGCAGCAGCAGCCGCAGCAGCAACUGCAGCAGCAGCAAGUACCCAACUAA